ACUCCUUGAUUUGGCGAUAUCCUCCAACAGAUACACAUCAAUGGAUUAAAUACUUUCCAUCCCAUCCCUUUUCCUCAUCCUCCUUUCUCUGGCGGGAUUGACCAUGUAGACGGUUUUCUUUAUGGAUGGUCUGAACCCACGUGUGUGCAUUAAAAUUCCCAUUAGCUGAGAAUCAGGGAGGAGAAGACAAAGAAAAAUAAAAGAGAGAGAAAAGAAUGGAAAGGGAGAGCAAGAUGGCUGCAAAUUACCCAAACGAGAUGAGUAUGGAUAUGGAUGCUACUUGUAAUUUUCCUCCACAGGUUUUUGGCUUUGGAGAUGGGAGUCACCCUGUGUGUGGGGAAGUACCUAUACCUAUUUCAGACUUCUCAUCCAAUCCGCUUCUUGUUCCCCAACCUGUGCAGCCUUGGUUGAAUGUGGUGGUGGCUGAGGGGGACAAGGAUGAUGAUGAUGACUUCAUUUCAACCCCAAGGUCCAGGUUGCUAGGUAAGAGAAAGCAGGAAAUCAUCAGGCCGCGUGACCUGCUCACUCAAGGGUGCACACCUCAACAGAUAGAGGAGAGACUGCUAGAUCAAUUACAACCAUUGAUGAUGGAGAAUAGCAGGCUGACCAAUCUAUUGGAACAUUAUGAGUCGAAGAUUAACAGACUGACCAAUCAAUUGGAACAUUACGAGUCGAAGAUUAACAGGCUGACCAAUCUAUUGGAACAUUAUGAGUUGGAGAUUAUCAGGCUCACCAAUCGAUUGGAACAUUAGGAGUCAAAGAUUAACAGGCUGACCAAUCGAUUGGAACAUUAAAAGUCAACGAUGUUGCAAGUUUAUUGGAUCUUUCAAGGUUACGCUGAUGAUCCUUAUGAGCCUUGACUGAUCACAUCUUUUGUUCCAUUAUCUUCUCAACCUGUUGAGCCACCUGCCUGACCGGACCUGAUGACACCAAUGACCAAUAAACUAGGGAGUUGGGAUUUUUUUUGGUUUUGUGAAUCGAUGGUAUUUGAUGUACAGAAAUUUCCAUGAUUGUAUCUCAAACUCUUAAAGUAUCUCUUAAAAUGCAAAAGAAGAGAAAGUUUUUGCAAAAUGUUGCAUGUUCAGUUCAUUCUAGCACAACCCUUUAUUGUCCAAUAUCUUACUACUCCAUACUCCACAAGCUGUGCAUGGCAUAGCCAGAUCCAA